AAAAGUUUCGUUCUUUUCAAAGGGCCUCCUAUAUAUGAACACCACUCUGUUCACAAUCAUUCAACGCGUACUGCAGAAGCUCUCACGCAAAGCACGACUCUGUUUCUAACCCUUCUUGAACCCCACGAUGGAGUGGACCAGGGGCCGCACCGUCGGCCACGGCUCCACCGCCGCCGUUUCGCUCGCCACCUUGGCCGAGUCCGGCGAGGUCUUCGCGGUGAAGUCCGCCGAGCUGGGAGCGUCGGCGUCCCUCCAGAGAGAGCAGCGAAUCCUCUCCUCCUUGUCCUCCCCUCGCAUAGUCGAGUACAGAGGCUUCGACGUCACCAGAGAAGGCAACAAUAAGCUGAUGUACAACCUCUUCAUGGAGUUCGUGCCCGGAGGCACACUCGCUGACCUGAGUCGGAAACUCGGAGGCAGACUCAGCCAGCCGACGAUCGCGCGCUACACCCGCCAGAUUCUGGAGGGUCUCGAGCACCUGCACUCGCGAGGCAUCGCGCAUUGCGACGUGAAGGGCAGCAACAUCUUGAUCGGCGAAGACGGCCCAAAGCUCGCCGACUUCGGCUGCGCGAGGCGGGUGGACGACCCGGCGGCGGCGGAGGCGCCGUUCGGCGGCACUCCGAUGUACAUGUCGCCGGAGGUCGCGAGAGGGGAGGAACAGGGGCACGCCUGCGACGUGUGGGCACUUGGGUGCACGGUCGUCGAGACGGCCACCGGAGGAGCGCCGUGGAGCGGCGGAGACCCGGCUUCAGUCCUCUACAGGAUAGCGUACUCCGUCGAGUCGCCGGAGAUUCCGGGGUGGCUGUCGGAGGAAGCGAUGGAUUUCCUGGGUAAGUGCCUGAGGAGGGACCCACGAGAGCGGUGGACGCCACGUCAGCUUCUGGAGCACCCGUUCCUCAUCGGAGGAUUCAAAUCAGGAUUAGACAUUGGCGACGUGAAGCAGAAUCGGGAAUGGGAAUCGAGCGCUUCUUCGACUUCUCCGACGAGCGUCCUCGAUGGAGGGCUCUAUUGGAGUUCGGCGGAGGAAGAGUCGGAGACAGGGGCGGCCGAUGAGGACGGUAAACACAAGGGGGACGCGGCCGGCGAUAGGAUCAGACGGCUGUCCGCGAGCUCGGCGGGGCCCACGUGGGCGCGGGAGGAUUGGAUCGACGUCCGGGGGUGCGUUGUCGAUGAUGACGUGGGAGACGAGGGAUCGGGGGAUUCAAUUGGUUGGUCGGAAGUGGAGGCGGUUGGUGGGAAGGUCGGCGGUGAGGAGUUAAAUGGAGCAACGAGUAGAGAUGCUUUGGAGGCAUGGGAUUGCGGGGAAAUUGGUUUUGUGAUUAGGAACAGUGACCACAUUCUUUUGCGACCCUUAAUGACGUGAUUACUUUAAUUUCAAUCUC